GUGUGCGUGUGCGUGUGUGUGUGUGAGCGUGUGUGUUUUUGGAUUUCAUACUAAUUUUCUGGAGUUUCUGCCCCUGCUCUGCGUCAGCCCUCACGUCACUUCGCCAGCAGUAGCAGAGGCGGCGGCGGCCGCCGGUUAGAGCCCAGUCGCUGCUUCAGCUGUUGUUGCUGCUUCUGCUGCGCUCUGCUCCCGGUGCCUGCUACGGGAGGCCGGGGAAGCCGCGCGGACAGUCCUCGGUGGCCUGGGCCGGCACUGUCCUGCUACCGCAGUUGCUCCCCAGCCCUGAGGAGCGCACCGAUAUCGAUACCCGUGCCGAUUUAGCGGUUCUGCGACCCAAAGAGUCCAGGGAGAUCUACCGAGUGGUGCCUGACCCUGACGUAUAGGACCAUGCAGCCUUCUUGUGGCUUGGAGCAGCUGCCCGCGAUGUCCCAGCCACUGUGAACCAUUUGGUCAGCGCCAACCUGCUCAGCUCCAGCACCGACAGGCUCGACCUCUGGUACGCUCCACUCCGCGGGAGGCCACCAGCACCAAGCAGCAAGAGGGCGCAGGGAAGGCCUCCCCCCUCCGGCGGGGGACGCCUGGCUCAGCGUAGGGACACGCACUCCGACUGACUGGCACUGGCAACUCGGGAUGUCGCCCUGGCCGAGGUGGCAUGGACCCGCCAUGGCGCGGCUCUGGGGUUUAUGCUUGCUGGUCUUGGGCUUCUGGAGGGCCUCUCUCGCCUGCCCCAUGUCCUGCAAAUGCAGUGCCACUAGGAUUUGGUGUACAGAGCCUUCUCCUGGCAUCAUGGCAUUUCCGAGGUUGGAACCUAACAGCGUUGACCCGGAGAACAUCACAGAAAUUCUCAUUGCAAACCAGAAAAGGUUAGAAAUCAUCAAUGAAGAUGACGUUGAAGCUUACGUGGGGCUGAAAAACCUGACAGUUGUGGAUUCCGGCUUAAAGUUUGUGGCUCACAAAGCGUUUCUGAAAAACAGCAACCUGCGGCACAUUAAUUUCACACGAAACAAGCUAACAAGUUUGUCCAGAAGACAUUUCCGCCACCUUGACUUGUCUGACCUGAUCCUGACGGGUAAUCCAUUCACGUGUUCCUGUGACAUUAUGUGGCUCAAGACCCUCCAGGAGACUAAAUCCAGCCCUGAUACUCAGGAUUUGUUCUGCCUCGACGAAAGCAGCAAGAACACCCCCCUGGCGAACCUGCAGAUACCCAACUGUGGUCUGCCAUCUGCACGUCUGGCUGCUCCUAACCUCACUGUGGAGGAAGGAAAGUCUGUGACCCUUUCCUGCAGCGUGGGGGGUGACCCACUCCCCACUUUGUACUGGGACGUUGGGAAUUUGGUUUCUAAACACAUGAAUGAAACAAGCCACACACAGGGCUCCUUAAGGAUAACGAACAUUUCAUCUGAUGACAGUGGAAAGCAAAUCUCUUGUGUGGCAGAAAACCUCGUAGGAGAAGAUCAAGAUUCUGUGAACCUCACUGUGCAUUUUGCACCAACUAUCACAUUUCUCGAAUCUCCAACCUCAGACCACCACUGGUGCAUUCCAUUCACUGUGAGAGGCAACCCCAAGCCAGCGCUUCAGUGGUUCUACAAUGGGGCCAUACUGAAUGAAUCCAAGUACAUCUGUACUAAGAUACACGUUACCAAUCACACGGAGUACCACGGCUGCCUCCAGCUGGAUAACCCCACUCAUAUGAAUAACGGAGACUACACCCUGAUGGCCAAGAACGAGUAUGGAAAGGAUGAGAGACAGAUCUCUGCUCACUUCAUGGGCCGGCCUGGAGUUGACUAUGAGACAAACCCAAAUUACCCUGAAGUCCUCUAUGAAGAUUGGACCACGGCCACUGACAUUGGAGAUACUACAAACAAAAGUAAUGAAAUCCCCUCCACGGAUGUUGCUGACCAAAGCAAUCGGGAGCAUCUCUCGGUCUAUGCGGUGGUGGUGAUUGCGUCUGUGGUAGGAUUUUGCCUGCUGGUGAUGCUGCUUCUGCUCAAGUUGGCGAGACAUUCCAAGUUUGGCAUGAAAGGUUUUGUUUUGUUUCAUAAGAUCCCACUGGAUGGGUAGCAGAGAUAAAGACAAAGGCUGGGCUGUGGUACUUGUUGCUUGACGCCCUGUGAGCUGAACUCCUGGGACUACUGUUGCCUAUCCCAGGAAGUGCUGCUUAUUUGGGGGUGUCUGGUGGAAAUGGGUAUUCUCCGAGGAUGUCUGCAGCCUGCUUGUUGUGAGCUGUGACUGGGGAACCCCAAGGCAGAGGCAGGGGUCAGGCAGCUGAGAAGCAGCAGAAGAACACACUUAGAUUCAACUUCUGUUCUUACAAUAGUUCAAACAUAGAAUUGAAGUGAAAUCUCAUUGGAUUAUGCCUCUCUAAUGAAAAGUGUGCUGUUUGACUCUAUGGGAAAUGUGCUGACAUUAAUUGCUUCUGUUUAUUAAAGGUGAUUUGCAAAUUAAAAAACUAUGCAUCUAUCAUCUAUCAAUCAAUCAAUCUAUCUAUCUAUCUAUCUAUCUAUCCAUUCAUUUGUCUAUCUAUCUGCCUAUCUGCCUAUCAUCUAUCUACCUACCCCUCCACCAUAUCUAUCUAUCUAUCUAUCUAUCUAUCUAUCUAUCUAUCUAUCUAUCUAUCUAUCUAUCUAUCUAUCAUCUAUCAUCUAUCUGAAGUCAUAGCUAGGUAUAAGUGCAUACUAAAAGUCUAAUACACACAUAAACACAUAUUUCAGCAGCAUUUUCUGUUCUCUAACCCUUGCUGACUUCUGUGAUUUCCACCUACAACCUAGCAUCUAAUCGACUUAAGGGAACAUUUGUGGUGUCAUUAAUAGGUUCUUUGUUUUGCUGGCAGCAAAGACCCAAACUCUUAGCUUAGGUGUCAGAGCACAUAAAGCUAAUGGUUGCUUUUAAAGUCCACCUGGCAGGCAGAAUGAAGCGGCACCAGGGACUGUGUGGCCAGGAAUGUGGACUUGAAUUAGCCACAGUCUGAGAAUAACUAAUGUUAGGGUAUAUGCGUAUAGGGAAUUAAAAUCUUGACUCUUCCCAUUGCCCUCUGGGAACCACCUGCCCUUUAGAAGUUUGUCUAGCAAGACAGCCUCACAUCUCAUGCUGUUUGAAUUACAGAGCUGCAGUUUCUGUAGUGUGAAUAGGCCUACAAGCUGAAUUGCUGGCCGGCUGUGAGCAGGAGAGCAUGUCUAAGGAUAGUCCCCGGAGCAUGCUGCCCUACUGCUGUGUUCUGACCCAGCAGCAAAGAGGUGGCCGGAAGUUAAUGAAUACGUGCUUUAUAGCAUCCCUUCUCCCUGCUGAAAGAACAGCCUCCCAGCUACCAAUCCCUGUGGCCCCCAACUCUUCCCCACUUGAUUCUGACCCUUGCACCCCUCUCUCCUUCACUUUGCCAUGGCAGAGGCCUUUGUGGGAUCCAACUCAUCUGCACCAGGCGGCAACUUUGUCCAUCCCCUCCAUGCUCACUUGAGGUCCCCUUCAGAACCAGGCUGGGAUAUUUCAUUUAAAACCCACACUCAACUCUAGUGCACACCCACACAUAGAGCAUAGCUAGGGUGGAAACUUAUUAGCACUCCUUUUCUAAAAGGUAGUUUAUCUUUAAGGAUUUAUAGGUUUUUCUCUUAACAAUCCCAGCAUGUUUGGAAACUAGUUUGAAUCCUCUGUAAGCAUGUCCAUCAAUCUUAAUAAACCAGGACCCGUUUAGGCCCCACUUGACAGAGAACGAAUACUGUGGUAUUUUAUACUGAGCCACUAUGGUAUUUCUCGAUUCAGGUCUUUUUGUAAGUCUGUGGAUCAUAGUGUUUGCAUUGGCCAUCCACACUGUGCCUGAGAGGGCCAGUCCCUUCCUCUCAAAGACCUCUCAAAGGCUUUGUCUCCAGGUGCACGGUGGGUCUCAGCACAGAGGGCUCCGUGUCUGAACACCCCCACUGCCCAGCUCCCUGCAGCUGAGUGACAGCUCCUGUCACUACUGAGAUUUCUGUCUUUCCCAAAGGUGUUGACUUACCAAGAGGCCAGCUAAUAGCAGAAAUCUUGACCCCUGAAAGGAAAAUGAAAUUCAAACUGCCAGACAGGCAGGGGCUCAGUGUGGCAAACACUCUUAAAUAUCGGCCAUUUGGCACCCCUCCCCCCCUCCCCACCUCCCCCCCAAAUAAACCUUAAGCUUUGAUGUUAUUCCAUGGAGCUACAAGAGGCUGAUGGCUUAUUUAAAGAUUAUUUUAUAAGUUCAUCAGACCAGAAAGGGAAAAAAAAAAAGGGCAAAAAUCUCAGUUAAUAGCUCGGAGAAAUAUAAGGUAAUUUUUUGUUCUAAGAUGUAAAGAAGUGGGCAGGUCAGGAGAUUUAAUUUCAAAUGUCACUUGGCAUCUUCCAAGAGACAAUGAGAGCAUCAGGCUGUUAGAAAAUUGUUUCUUAUGGUUCCUUGUUCUUCACCUUUGCUUCUUUUUAACCCCCAAGGGCUGCCAUCAGCAGCACGGUUUUCUUUCUUAUACUUUUCCUUUUAUCCCUGGCUUUCUUUGGUCCUCCACAAGAAAUCUGCUCCUUGAGGAUCACCAAGGUGUGUAUUUUAUUUUUAUAGUGUCAGGAAGGGAGAAGGGACUUUUUUGCUGGAAUUGGGUCAGUGGCUCUCUGACAGGAAUUGGUAUAGCAGUGCCAGGCAAGUCUUCUACACACCUGCAGUGGUCUAGGUGAGCCAGCACCCUGCCUAAACCCCAGGAGCAGCUGUCAUGCAGCCAACUGUGUCCUGGGGAGCAAGAAUCCAAGUUUCCAAAUCUUAUUCUCUAACAAAGAUGUGAAACCUGGAUUUUUAUAUGAAACAUCCCUAUUUUUAAAAAGUUGGCUCAGUUAUUUUUAAAACAUUAUGUAGGCCAACAAAACCUGCCUGUGGGCUGCCAGUCUGUUCCUUCUGUCUUAGAGAGUCAUUGUUUCCCACUGUAUCUGUCUGUCUUUCCCCCAAAACUCUCUUUCUCCAUGCCUACCACUGAUGGCUGCGUUAAGCAAGUUCUGACAUGAACUUCAGCAGCCUGAAGAUGCACGACUAUUACCUUGUGACUCCCACCUUGCUGGGACCUCGGGCUCUGACACCUUGCUGGGUUGUUCUUACAGUUCUGUCUUCUUGCCAUUCUCCAAGGACAGAGCCAUCCUGGGUUCUAGUAAGCACUUUCCUCUGCUUUAUCUGACACAAAUCCCUCCUCUCCAGGCUCCAUGUCUUCUGGACUCUCAAGAGAGCAGAAUGAGAUGAAAAAGUCUCCUCCCUCUCCCAUCUUCAUGGUGUCCUUGGUGGACUGAUGCCUCUCGGUAGCUAGAAAACAUCACCUCAAAGAGAUAGGGUUCCAUAGCUUGUUGACCCACCAUGGCUGAGUCUCUGAGGCCCUCUCAGGCAGCUGAGGUGGAGUAAGAAACGCCUUCUGACACCACAAGGUGUCAACUUGAGGCUUAGUAGCAGCCAACAUACAAUCAGUCCUAAGGCUGAAGAGACAGGAAUCCCAGCAUGUGUUAGAAUCAGCUCAGCAGUUCCCCUUCUCCAGGCCUCUCCACAGCAAAGAAAACUAGUGUCCCAUCUUCAUCUUGGCCCUCUACUCUGAACUAAGUAGAUCCUGAACUAAGCUCACAAUAGUGGGGGGCUCGAAGCCUGUCCUCAGAGACCAUGCUUACACAGGGGGUUGCAGAGUAAGUGACUUAGAAUGCUUAUGGCUAAAACACAGUUUCAGGGCACAUGCUGGGUGCCUGGGUUUGAGAGAACAGGACAAGGGCACAUCCUUGCUUCUGCUACCCCACCUUCACAUUUCUAUCCUGACCCUGAUAGACAGAAUGUUUUCUGGUUUUGCUGGCUGCCUUGCCUAAUUAUAACACACUCAACUUUUUUCCCCCCUCUUGCAAACUAGACUCUCGAGCCUGUGCUGCCUUCUCCCUGUGAGGGAGUGAUUCAUACCUCCACCUGCUUUGAUACAUGCUGUCUAGAACCCCUCCCUUUGCCUCUAUCUCAUUCUUUCACACUCUAAUUGAAACUCGCUUCAUCUUGUUUGGUCUAGACUGGAGAUUCAUGGGGAGGGCUCUGCUGAAGGGGAGUGAUUCCAUACAACAUGGAGCUCGGGAGGUGGCUGCCUCCAGCUGUGUGGGCUGUGCCAGGCACUCUGCUUUAUGAUGACAGAGCUCCCUGGAUCCUGUAGCUCAGCAGAUCUGACUCCAAGGAACCUGGUACAGAAGUUGCCAUUAAGAACAUUCUGCCCCCUUUGCAUACCCUCAAUACUUAGCAAUCUGUCAAGUUUACCUAAGGGCACCUGGGACAGCUGAGGACUCUCCUGAAUUUAAAUUGCUUUGGGGUGAGUGCUGCCAGGCUUAAAUUAGGUUGACAGAAUUCCCAGCCCAGAAAGUUAUAUGGUGAUUUCUACUCAGAGGCAGCAGCGUCCCAGUGUGGAUAACCAUUUCCUUGUUCUGGUCUCAGGGACAAAGGGACCUCCCAGUUAUUUGAGCAUGACGUAGAUCAUCACUCUGCAUUUAAUCUGGACUCACACUUCAGAGUAGCCAGUGAUACUGAAGUGACUCCCAACCCAACACUACAACCCAUUGUCUGUAUUCUGAGUCUUAGUUUUCUUGGAUGGGUGGGAAGAAAAACAUAUAAGAAGCAAAGAAAAGAACCAAAAUUUUCUCACCAGCUUAAUUAAUUUUAGCUGAUGCAUUCAUGAACUCACAAACAAAUAUGAAGUAGCAAGACAUUCUCAAGAAAGACAUGUCCCUGGGUUUCAUCCCUAUCGGGUCCAAGCCCGUCUGCUGGGAUCCAGAGGCAGCUCAUGAUUCACUUCUGUGCCUUUUCUUCCCCUGUAAUAUUCUGGGUUUUCAAGUCUCUUUUUCCACAUUUCCUGUAAACAAUGCAUCUCCUUUUAAAAAAGAUUUUACUUUUAAGUGCUGUUUUAACAAUGUGGCUAGACUAUAAAUGUACUUGCUGAAUUCAUCCAUUUCUUUAACAAGCCAAUAAAGUUUUAUAAUUCAUC